UUAAAACAAAAUAAAUCCAUAUUCAUGGGAACUUAAUAAUAAAAAGCACCUUAAAGUAAAUAGAUCAGCUAAUUUUAAAUUGAAGUAGCAUGUUUAAAAGUAUUAAUUUCUAUAUAAUUUUAGGUAAAAGGUUAUGUGGAAUUGAACAGAGAUAGACGAACCAAUUAAGCAUUAAUGAAAGAGAAGGCUUUAAAUGAGAUGUUACGUAGUCCUUCUAGAAUAAAGGUUGAAGAGUACCAAAAGUUCUAGCAACUGGUUCAAGAUGUUAGGUUUAUUGAAACAUGUAACAUUGUUAUAAGGUAUACUAAUCUGAAAUUAACUUAGAUAUUGUGAUAUUGUUAAAGAUUAAUCCAUAAGAAUCUUUAGAUGUGGUGGAGAUCAUUCAAAAAUAUCAGAUGUAAUGACAUACAUUGAAAGUAUCCUUUUUGCAGCUGAUAAUUUGAACUUAGAGUAAGUAAUGGAAUUUAAAGAUCUAAUGAUAUUCUAUUUUGGACCUGGCUUUAAUGACACUAGUAAAUUAAUGAAUGUCGAUUAAGAAUUAAAGUUACUUUAUUAAAAUCCUCUACCUAAUGCUUACGAAGUGAAUGAGUUUGUUUUAAAAUUUGCAGAAAAGUAUGGAUUCAGCGAAGAACAAAUAAAUGCUUCAGGUCACUAAUUUAGCUCUAAAUUUAAAUAGCCAGCCUAAGGAGGAAUUUUAAUAGAUUAAUAACCUUUUGGUUAAUAAUAAUAAUUUAUUCUCCCUCCAAAUUAAGGUUUUGGAGUACCUUUUGGAGCUCAUCCUCAAUCCUUUCCCUAAUCAGGUACUAAUUCUGGAUUUGCUGAUUUUGGAAUGUAAGGAGCUUAUGGAUAACCUUAAGGUGGAUUUGGAUAACCUUAGGGAGGAUUUGGACAACCAUAAGGUGGUUUUGGAUAACCAUAAGGUGGUUUUGGAUAACCAUAAGGUGGAUUUGGAUAACCAUAAGGUGGAUUUGGAUAACCAUAAGGUGGUUUUGGAUAACAAUAAGGUGGAUUUGGAUAACAAUAAUAAGGAAGUUUUGGAACACAAGGAGCUUUUAAUAAUUAACCUUAAGCUGGUUUUUCAUAACCUCAAAAUAUCCAAAAUAAUUAUUCAAAUUAACCACCAAAUUAACCAAACAAUUAAAUAUAUGGUAAUCCACCUACAGCUGGUUUUGGUUAAACUAAUGGGACACCAAACCCAUAUUCUUGUCUCAAUUAAGGUAUAUCUAUUUUAUUUAAUAUAAAGGCCCUUAAAUUAUGGCCAGCUAAAGUAUGAAAGUUCCUUAAUAAUAUUAAACUCCCUAAUAACCAUAGGUGUAACCAGUGAUCCCACCACAAUAACCAAUAGGUCAAUAAACAAACAAUUAUAAUAAUUAAGGUCUUGAUGAUUUGGAGGCCAGAUUAAGAAAUCUUGAUAAAGGCUUAUGAUGCAAUAUUUAAAUUCAAUCUAG